CGAGACUUUGAACGAGAGAAAUCAGAUGGCUGGUCAUUACCGCCUGGAGCAGGUCGAGUUCGCAGCCUGAGGUCUGGCGUGCACCAGAGACGUGCCCAAGCAACCCUGUGCCAGGACAGCGCCCAGCGUGCAGUAGGACUGCUAGCACCAUAAGCAUUGAAAAGACGCUAUAAUUUAAAGGUGCCCUGCCUUUGUUGAGAGAACGGUUUCCACAGGAACUGAAAUGGACUUUGGAAGUCAUCAUAAGGAUGGCUUUGUACAACUUUGUAAUCCAAAUGUGGCAACAUUGAAAGAAGAUGUUCUCUACCAUUUUGGUCUCAGUACUGGUACCCAUGACCUCUCAGCAAUGUUUGGAGAUGUAAAGUUUGUGUGUGUUGGGGGAAGCCCCUCCCGGAUGCAAACCUUCAUCAGAUACUUGGCCUCGGAGCUGGGCUUUGACCGACCAGGUGCAGACUACCCCAACAUCUGUGAGGGGACUGACCGCUACGCCAUGUUUAAAGUGGGACCAGUGCUGUCUGUCAGUCACGGAAUGGGAAUUCCUUCCAUCGCCAUCAUGUUGCAUGAGCUCAUCAAGCUGCUGUACCAUGCCAAGUGCUCUGGCGUCACCAUCAUCCGCAUUGGCACCUCUGGAGGGAUAGGGCUGGCCCCUGGCUCUGUGGUCAUCACGCAGCAGGCUGUGGAUGCCUGCUUCAAGCCAGAGUUUGAACAGCUGGUCCUGGGGAAAAGGAUAGUUCGGAGCACCGGCUUAGAUGAGCAGCUCGUGAGGGAGCUAGUUGAGUGCUCCACCCAUCUGAAUGAAUUUCCCGUCAUUGUGGGGAACACCAUGUGCACUCUGGACUUCUAUGAAGGCCAAGGUCGCCUGGAUGGUGCGCUCUGCUGCUACACAGAGAAGGACAAACAGGAGUAUUUGCAGGCAGCCUAUAGUGCUGGGGUCAGAAACAUCGAGAUGGAAUCCUCAGUCUUUGCUGCAAUGUGCGGAGCAUGUGGCCUCCGAGCGGCUGUGGUAUGUGUCACCCUCUUGGACCGCCUCAAAGGGGACCAGAUCAGCAGCCCUCAUGAAGUACUGAUUGAGUAUCAGCAGCGGCCUCAGCGUCUGGUGGGCUAUUUCAUCAAGAAAAGUCUUGGUAUGUCCUAAAGCCUCCCAUCUGGAAGAGAGUACUUGAUUGGAAUAAAAUCCUCAUCAAAGCCCCAUUUUAUGUUUGUUUUAUAAGAAUUUAGGGAUUUUUUUAGAGGCAAAUAAUGCUUCCUUAAUUUCCCAGGACAUUUCUAUUUGUUCAACCUCACUGGAGCCUUUUUUAAAACUAUAGUUAACCCUACUUGGGUUCUAUUUAAAAUAUCUCUAUGAAUUUGGAAUAUUUUGUUACUGGUGUCCGCUUGAGCAAGUCGAUGAACAAUAGGACAACAGUGCUACAGUGCUAAUUUAACAUUGCGGGAGGCUACCAAAUAUUGAAUCUAUGGCAUCAUAUAUGUCAAACAUGUGUUCCAUUACCAAACUACAUUCACAGCCCCCAUAAUUUUAUAUUUUAAUAAUUUCAGAUUUUAUGUCAUCAAAGAAUAGAUCUGAUUAUACUGCCAAAAAUUCCUUUCCUAUGUAUUUCAUUUAUUUUUUCUCCCAUUUUAAUUUACCUCGGCAGUGACAAUGAUCUCUCUAAACAAGAUCAAAAUGACAUAGAAUUCCAGAGAUCUCAGCAAGUCAGAGAGAGAAAGUUAGAAGCAUAAUUGCUUCUAUUCUGCAGAAAUUGGACAUGCCAAACUUUGAGAAAAAUUUCAUUCAUGGUAAAACUGAGCCUUUAAUGAAAAAGAUAAAUAAAAGCUGCUACAAAAUUUCAUGUAUCAGGAAUAACUUCCAAAAAAUGAGCUAUUAAUAAUGAUUUGUUUUUUUUUAAGCAUUCACUAUGUAUUAGCACCUAAUUUAAAAUGUAAUGGAUUCUUCUGCCUAAAUCUCACCACAAUACCAGGGGAAGAUACUGAGGUAUAGGAUGCCUGAAGGAUUGAUUCAGGAAAUGGCCGAUGGCAUAAGCUAGGACAUAGUGGCCUAUGCUCUGCAUAGAUGUGUAUGUCUACACACAUUGUGCACACCUGCCUAUCUAUACACACAGGCAUGAAGAUAGAGGUUGGUUUAGUAGGCUAGGAAUAGUAUUCAGCUUACCAGAUAGUGCAGAAGGGAAAUUUUGGCAAGAAGUCCAGUGUGUGUGGAUGUUUCUUGAAGUCACUGCUUCAAGAAAGGGUAACAGGCCCUUACUCUAGGAUCUUUUAAUGAUAGAGACUUGUUAAAAAAGGGCAUGAAAAAUAUCAAUUGAAAACAAACAUUGGAGACUGGGAUACAGACCUGAUAUUUCUAGGAGUAAGUGGUGAGGGGAAUGAGUAGGAUGCCAGGAAAUAACAUGAGAACAAGUGGAAGACUACAAGCAUAUAGGAUGUGCUAAAAGAUGUAACACUAUGUGCGCAAACCAUAGCUUUCAUUAAAUAAUGGGAAGGUAGAAAGGGUACCCAGCGUGGAUGGGGAGAGGGUCAUGGGCGCUUCAGUGGUGGG